AUGAGGCCAACGCGGUGCGUGGGAAGGACCCAAGGCAUCCCGCUGGGGCUGCUCGCGUUCUGGGUGGCUGCUGCCCGCUGUCUGCAGAGUCAGGGUGUGUCACUGUACAUUCCACAGUCAGCCAUCAACGCCACUGUCCAAGAAGAUAUCCUGCUGUCAGUGGACUACAUCUGCCAUGGCGUGCCCACUAUUGAGUGGAAGUACACGCCUAAUUGGGGUGUGCAGAAGAUUGUGGAGUGGAAGCCAGGGACCCCAGCCAAUGUCUCCCAAAGCCACAGAGACAGAGUCUGCACCUUUGACAAUGGCUCCAUCCAGCUUUUCAGUGUGGGUGUGAGGGAUUCUGGCUACUAUGUCAUCACUGUCACAGAGCGCCCGGGGAGCAGCCAGUCCGGCACCAUCUUGCUGCAUGUGUCUGAGAUCCGCUACGAAGACCUCCACUUCGUUGCUGUCUUCUUUGCUCUCCUUUCUGCUGUGGCUGUGGUGCUAAUCAGCCUCAUGUGGGUCUGCAAUCAGUGUGCGUAUAAAUUCCAGAGGAAGAGGAGGUACAAACUCAAAGAAAGCACCACUGAGGAGAUUGAGAUGAAAGAUGUUGAAUGUUAG